AUGGUGGUGACCACGCCGCCCACGCGGAGCCGGUCCGAGCCCGAGUUUGACGUCUGCCUCGCGACCACCUCGACCGCGACCCCAGCCCCGGCCCCGGCCCCGACCGAGUCCUCCUUCAGCCUCGGCCUCGCCCGCUGCCUCGGCGUUUUCCAGCGCCAGGCCUCGGACCCUCAGCCAUCCGCGUCCGCGGCGAAGCCCAGCCUCUGGCGUCAGGCCUCGGACCCGGCGCCGUCCUCGACGGCCGAGGUCAGCAGGCAGCCCCAGCGCCAGGCCUCGGUCCCGGAGCCCACCCCCGUGACCAGCAACGGCAGGAGGGCGGCCGACGCCGUGCCGACGCCACCGAUACGACGCCAGGUCUCGGACCCCGUCGUGCCGACGUGCGUCGCGACGCCCCCGAUCCGGAGGCAGGCCUCGGACCCCGUGCCGAAGCCGACGCCGACGCCCAGCCCGGUAUCCAUCCUCCGGCCGCCGGGGACGAGCACGCCAAGGCGUCACGUGGCCGAGCAGACUCGGGUCACCAUCUCGGUGCCCGUGGAGACGCACGCGCCGCCGAGGUCGCCGCAGAGGCCUAGCCUGACGAGGUCCUUCAAGGAGGAGCUGCGCACUAGCUCGCUGUGA